CUGGUGUUACAGUGUAUGAUGGUAUAUAACACAGUAGAAGACGUUGCCUGUGGUUUCUCCCAGCAUGCAAUUCCACCUUCAACUGUUUCACUUUCACUCUUGAAUUAUUUGUGCCGGAGCUUCGUGCAGAGGAAGACACGGUGAGAGGAUCUCCUGCUCUCAUUGUCACCAUGUUAGUGGCUCCUGUCCUGCUGCUGCUGCUGCUGGUUCCCUUUCCUCCCUCAUCAGGAGCACAGCUGCCAAACCAAGGCCAAGCCAAAGACCUCCCCAUAGCCACCAACGGUCAGCCCUUCCCCUGGGACCGCAUGCGACUUCCCAAAACCAUCUCCCCCCUCCACUAUGACCUGACCAUCCACCCUAACCUGACCACCUUGGAUUUCACCGGCGUUGCUCGUAUCGAGCUGGAUGUGCAUGAAGACACCAGCAUCAUCAUCCUCCAUGCCAAGCAGAUGCAGAUAUCCAACGUGCUGCUCCUGGCGCCUGAAGGCAUCAGGCCUCUUCACGUGUUGGAGUAUCCCCAUUUCCAUCAGCUCGCCCUGCUGUCAGACUCAGUCCUGACAAAGGGAAGGAAGUAUGAAGUUCAGCUGGAGUUUGCUGCCAACUUGUCUGACAGCUACCAUGGGUUUUACAAGAGCAGCUACCGCACCAGCAGUGGAGAAGUCCGGGUCAUGGCAUCCACACAGUUUGAGGCGACCUUUGCUCGUGGAGCCUUCCCCUGUUUUGAUGAACCUGCCUUUAAAGCCAACUUCACCAUCAGGAUCAUACGAGAGCCACGUCACAUAGCCAUAUCCAACAUGCCUAAGGUUAAAACAGUGGAGUUGCCGGGCGGUUUGCUUGAGGAUCACUUUGACACCACUGUAAAGAUGAGUACGUAUCUGGUGGCCUACAUUGUGUCUGAUUUCCUGUCUGUGAGCAAGACCACCCAGCACGGUGUCAAGAUUUCAGUCUAUGCUGUACCUGAGAAGAUCAACCAGACAGCCUAUGCACUGGAUGCUGCUGUCAAGCUGUUGGACUUCUAUGACGACUACUAUGAUAUCCCUUACCAACUUCCCAAACACGACCUGGCUGCUAUCCCUGACUUCCAGUCAGGUGCAAUGGAGAACUGGGGGCUGAGCACGUACAGAGAGGCAGGUCUCCUGUUUGACCCUGACAGGUCCUCAGCUUCAGACAAACUGGGUAUUACCAAGGUCAUUGCUCAUGAGCUCGCACACCAGUGGUUUGGGAACCUGGUGACGAUGGAGUGGUGGAAUGACCUGUGGCUCAACGAGGGUUUCGCCAAGUUCAUGGAGUUUAUUUCCCUUGACAUCACCUACCCAGAGCUGCGAGUGGAUGACUUCUUCUUGGAGAAAUGUUUUGAGGCUAUGGAAGUAGACUCCCUCAGCUCCUCCCACCCAGUCUCCACCCCCGUGGAAAACCCCAUGCAAAUCCAGGAGAUGUUCGACGAUGUCUCAUACGACAAGGGAGCAUGUAUUCUGAAUAUGCUGCGGGACUUCCUGACUCCAGAGGCCUUUGAGAUUGGCAUCAUCCAGUACCUCAAGCGCUACAGCUACCAAAACACUGUCAACAGCCACCUGUGGGAGAGCCUGACUAAUAUCUGCAGUUCAGAUGAUCUGGACGAAGGCCGACUGAAACACAGAGAAUUCUGCGCCAAACGCAACCUCCCCUCUGGAGCAUCUAAAUGGCACUCUGAUGAUGAGCUGGAUGUCAGGGCCAUCAUGGAUACCUGGACACUGCAGGAGGGCUUCCCGCUGGUCACUGUGGAGGUCAGAGGUCGUGAGGUCAGGCUGAGUCAGGAGCGUUACCUGAAGACAGACGACCCCUCCCUCACUGAAGGAUUCCUGUGGCAGAUCCCACUGACCUACAUGACCAGCGCUUCCAACACCAUCCACCGCUUCCUGCUUAAAACAAAGACUGAUGUCCUGUAUCUGCCAGAGGAGGUGGACUGGGUGAAAUUCAAUGUGGACAUGAGCGGCUACUACAUGGUCCACUAUGCAGGCGAGGGGUGGAACUCUAUAAUCAGACUGCUGCAACACAACCACACAGCCCUGAGUGGCAAUGAUCGUGCCAACCUCAUCCAUAACGUCUUCCAGUUGGUCAGUAUAGGGAAGGUGAGGUUGGACACGGCUCUGGAGCUGUCUCUGUACCUGUCCAGAGAGACUGAGAUCAUGGCUGUGACUCAGGGCUUUGGAGAGCUCGUACCUCUCUACAAACUGAUGGAGAAGAGGGACAUGGCUGCUCUGGAGAACCAGAUGAAGGGUUACAUUGUGGAUCUGUUCCGGGGGCUGAUUGAUCGACAGGAGUGGACUGACUCUGGAUCAGUGUCUGAGCGAGUGCUGAGGAGUUACCUGCUGCUGUUUGCCUGUGUCAGGAACUAUGCUCCCUGUGUGACCAAAGCCACCCAGCUCUUUAACAAGUGGAAGGACUCUGAUGGCACCCUUAGCCUCCCAGUCGACAUCACAAUGGCUGUGUUUGUGAUUGGAGCUCGAACACCAGAGGGGUGGGACUUUUUGUUUGAGAAGUACCGCCAUUCAAUGCAAAUGUCUGUCAAGAGCCGCAUGAAAUUUGCCAUGACUGUCACCUCACUGCAGGACAAGCUCAAGUGGAUGAUGGAGCAGAGCCUCUAUGGUGAGGUGAUGAAGACUCAGGACCUCCCAGACGUGGUUGUCUCUGUCGCCAAGAACCCCCAUGGCUACAAACUGGCCUGGGACUUCCUCCGAGCCAACUGGCACACCCUGAUCAAGAAGUUUGACCUUGGCACCAACACUGUAUCACACAUGGUGACAGGGGUGACCAACCAGUAUUCUACCAGGGAGAUGCUAGAUGAGGUACGAAGUUUUUUUGGCUCCCUGACUGAGGAGACAGGCUCAGAGAUGAGGUGUAUCCAGCAGACCUAUGAGACCAUCGAGGACAACAUCCGCUGGAUGGAUACCAACCUUCCUCUGCUGCAGGCCUGGCUGAACAAACGCAGCCACAAAGUGGCUCAUGAGGAUUUAUAGCACCAAGGGAAGCAAAGAGUCCAGUGUGGAUGAUUCAUGUUGCUAAAGGCAGAAGUGUAGACUGUAGUCACAAAGUGGGUGACUUUAUAUUUGACUACAACAAUGAAAAAGCCUUGCAACUCAACUCUGACUUGACAGCAAUAACUCCUGACUUGGACAAUUUAGAUUUUAGACCCAAAGAUUGAAAAACAUCACAAGUGGAAUGGACCUUGUGUCAUUGAAGUGCACAUUAUUUGCAAACUCCAAAACUGACUGAUCUUGACAAUGACUUUUUCACACUUCUGUAAACUGCAGCCUAAAAUAAUAAUAAUAAUAAUAGUAAUGUGAUGUUCAGCAGGUUAAGUGCUGUUCUCAGACUAGAGGUAAACUUCCUCAGUAUCUGAGCCUUAAGAAGUGCCUCACAGAACUCCCAUAUGUGAGAAGUAACAUCAACGAACAAUCUGGGUUCCUUUGUUGUUGUGAUUUUAAUAACUCAAAAAGUUUUUAUCCAAAAAUUAUUCUUUGUGAGUUGUUUCCCUAAUGAGAGUACUCUACAGUAGGCACAACAACUGAAUAUUUCCAUUUCUGUCUGUGUAUAUCUGUAUAUAAUUGUGGGUUAUUGUUCAUGUGUGUGAAGUGUGAGUGAGCUUUUAACUGAAAUCAAGAUGUUCAAAGAUGAGUGCAGUGUUGCCUGCAGUCUCUGUUGUUGCGAAGAUGAUAUUCAUUCAUGCUGUAUCAUAGCAACAUAAAUAGUGUACAGUGUUGUACAAAUACUAAAUGUUGCACAAAAGAAAUGUUCUGCACUGCCUCAGAUAUUUGAUUUUCCUCAAAUAUGCAGGUAUCAGAGCAUUCCUCAUGAAAAACAAAAACAAACAAAAGAUGGGACAUGCCCUUUAAAGAGGAAAGUCAAAAGGAGGCUCACUGCCUCCAGACUUCAGUAAAACUGCUGCAAAAUGUGGGAAUAUCCACAGCUACAGCUACAGCUACACCUGAAUGAACUCUGAAAAAAAAAUUGAGGGCAUAGAAAAAGUCAUCCUAAUGCACAUGUGUAUAUUUUUGUAUGGACCAAGUGCUUUUGAACCAUAAUUGAGAAAAGCAUGUUUAAAACUCUGCACUGAUUGAGUUUCCAGUAUUGGGAACAUGAAGUCUAAGAAGUCUAACACCAUCGAUGUAAACUUUUUAAAAAACUGUUUUUUAUCAAUCAUCAAAAUUGCUUUGAAUACAGAGUUAUUAGUAUGAAUCAUA